AUGACCAUCCAGAUCGACAAGUUGCCCAGGUCCGUUACCACCUCCAACCUCUGGGACUGGUUCUCGCACGAGGGCGAGAUUGUCUACAUCGACAUCUACGAAAUCGCUAGAGACCCUGCGCUCUCCUCAGCGAAGGUCAGGUUCGAGCCGCCUCCCAAGAGGGCCUUUUGGUCCACCGGCACCUACUGGGUCUCUCACCCAGACGUGAGUCGGUACCCCAAUGGCCUCAAGAUCUUCGUGAGCCCAUUGAGAGGGACCCCUAGGUGUUGGAUUCGAAGUCCCGUCAGCCCAGAUCGUUACUACCCCAUCAAGAUCACGCUGCACCCUCUCGCCAUCCAGUUCGGGAGCAUGCUGGGACCUCGAAGCAUCAAGGUUAUGAAGUCGUUCUAUAAUACCGUUGACGAGCACACCCUCAAGCUUGAGAUCAACCUCAGAGCCAUGCGCUUGACUGCCUUCUUCCCCAUGGAGGUUGAGACACGAGGUGGAAAACAUGUUCGACAGCACAAGGUUGCCGUCGACUUUUCCAAGAUGAAGCACGUCCACCAGAGUCCGGCUGAUGAAAAUGGAUGCGCCCUGGUGAUGCCCGUCAACGUCCCGCCUCAGUACUACUGGAAGCGACCCAACAUUCGCUCGUCCUUCUCUGACGAGGCCAACAACUGGAACACUACGGAGACGUGGAAUCGUGCUACAGACCUUGUCGAACAGGCUGGAAUCCCAAUGAAGUACCCCGUUGCUCUACACAACGACUACAAGGACCCUGGCUUCAUCGAUAUCGGCCGCUGGACUACUAUUCGCUUCGUCCUAGAUGACAGCACCUCAGAGACCAAGCUUGCUAACCAGCAGGUCGUCAGCGCCCUUGAUGACUUCAACAUCACCACACAGGUCCACGAGGACGGCGAAUUUCGUGUCACACAUGGUGCACAUGCAGAUAUGUGGAAGCACCUGGAGCAACCGACUUUGGUCGAAAAUGGCAACGCCCUGGAGAUGCUUCAGCAGACCUCGGACCCUAUCAUACACCUGCCCUUUGAGAUUCGCUACCAACUUGAGGUUUGCAUCUCUCGGGACAUUCUCAACGAACACACCAUCACUCUCGAGUUCCUCGAGAAGCUAGCCUCGAUGAACCCUAGAAAGGCUAGACUUUAUCUCGAAUACCUCGCAGAUCAGGGAGAGCCUGUUCAGAAUCCCAUGUCCAUCUUCCAGAAUCCCGAAGCCGAAGCCUUUUCACCCAUCGCUAGAAUUCCCCAGUACUGUGCGCUCGUUCGCAAGGUUGUCGUCACUCCGACGACAAUCCGCUUCAAUUCACCAGCCGUGGAAAUGUCCAACCGUGUUAUGCGACAGUAUAAACACAUUCAAGAUCGCUUUUUGAGAAUCCAGUUCGUCGAGGAGCUUGAGAAUACCAGAAUCGCCAUCAACAAGGACCAAAAUGACGAGAUCUACAAGAGAGUCCUGCGCACAAUGUACCAAGGCAUCCGCAUUGGCGACCGCGUCUACGAGUUCCUGGCCUUUGGCAGCUCCCAGCUCAGAGUGAACGGGGCAUACUUCUUCUGCCCUACAGAGCAUACUUCUUGCGAUGAUAUCCGCAAGUGGAUGGGACAGUUCAGCCAUAUCAAAGUUGUGGCCAAGUAUGCGGCUCGCCUCGGCCAGUGUUUCUCAACCACACGAGAGGUCCGCGGCAUUUCUUCUCCUGCUAUCCGCGAGAUUCCUGACAUCGAGCGAAACGGACACUGCUUCUCAGAUGGCGUGGGCAAAAUAUCCCCCUUCGUGGCACAGCUCGUCAACGAAGACAUGGCCCUCGACAUCUUUGAUAAGCCGUCGGCUUUCCAGUUCCGUAUGGGAGGCUGCAAGGGCGUCCUUACCGUCUGGCCGGAUGCCAAGGGAAUGGAGGUACAUGUUCGCGAAUCUCAAAAGAAGUUUGAGGCGGACUCCAAAGGUCUCGAAAUAAUUCGUUGCGCUGGUUUCGCAACGGCUACUCUCAACCGGCAGACCAUCAUCAUCCUCGAGAGCUUGGGAGUUCCUAUCAAAGCAUUCACGGAUCUUCUGGAUCAACAGCUUGGGUCGUACGAACAGGCCAUGCAGGACAACGGUGUUGCUAUUGAGAUGCUGGCUAAAUUCGUCGACGAACAUCAGACAAACCUCGUCAUCGCCGAGCUUCUCAAGGCCGAGUUCAAGACAGACGAGCUGCGUGAACCAUUUGUCAUCAAUGUCCUCAGUCUUUGGAGGGCAUGGUCCCUGAAGAUCCUCAAGGAAAAGGCGCGAAUCCAAGUCGAGAAGAGCGCUUUCGUCCUUGGCUGCGUCGAUGAGACGGAGACGCUCAGAGGCCACUCGAAAGACUCAGAGGGGUCCAAGCCCAAGGAUGUCAACAUGCUGCCCCAGAUCUUCCUUCAGAUCACCGACUCCAGGAACUACAACAAGACACACAUCAUACAAGGCGUGUGUAUCGUAGGGCGCAAUCCAUCCCUGCAUCCAGGAGAUAUCCGUGUCGUCGAGGCGGUUGACUGCUCAAAGCUGCGUCACAUCAAGGACGUCGUCGUGUUUCCUGCAACAGGCGACCGACCCGUUCCCAACAUGUUGUCUGGUGGUGACCUCGACGGUGAUGACUUCUUUGUCAUAUGGGAACCGAGUCUGAUUCCCAAGACAUGGAACUAUUCACCCAUGGAUUACGCAGCUCCCAAGCCUAAGGAGUUGGAUCGCGACGUCAACGUCGAUGACCUCAGGAACUUUUUCGUCAAGUACCUGAAGAACGACAAGCUCCCGCUUAUUGCAACCUCGCAUCUGGGCUUUGCCGAUCAACUUGGGCCCAUGUCCCCAAAAUGUCUUGAACUCGCAGAGCUACACUCCAAAGCCGUGGACUACCCCAAGACUGGGGAGCCGGCGACGCUAAGGCGUGACCAGCAACCUCGAAAGUGGCCGCACUUUAUGGAAAAGAAACAAUUCUACCACUCAGACAAGGCCCUCGGUGUCAUCUACGACAAGGUUGUCAACAAGGCCAAGGUCAUCCAGUUCAACCCCAUCUGGGACAGCCCGUUUGACGAUCGAAUCACAAAAAAGUACAAACUAGACAACGAGCUACUCAAGGCAGCAAGAAAGGUCAAGUCUCAGUACGACACCGCAGUCCGACGGCUGCUCAGCCAGCAUGACCUGAAGACCGAGUUUGAGCUCUGGACGGGUUUCGCCAUGUCAAAGCCUGCCGUGGGCACGGAUUACAAGCUGCAGGAGAGCCUCAGCCACGAAUAUGAUGCACUGAAGUACCGAUUCCGUGACAUCUGCUACGAGGCUGCAGGUGGCAAGCUGACUGACCAGGUUGAUCGCUUUGUGGCAGCCAUGUACACCGUUACCGAGGAAGAGACAAAGAUUGCACUUUUCGAACACCACCGGGGUCCCAUCAACGACGCUGGACACAUCCUGCAGCCCCGAAAGCUGGAGCCAAAGUCAAUGCCGCUCAUCAGCUUUCCAUGGAUCUUUCACUGGGUCAUGUGUCGUCUGGCACUGGGGGCCAAGUAUGACCCCAAGGCGUCUGUUUUGGCAGCAGCCCAUCGGAAAGCGACCCAGCACCACAGGUCGUCCCCCGACCCCGGACCCAGGCAAGUUUCUGCAUGCAGCAAGCAGGAGCAGGAGACCAUGCCAGAGCCUGGUCUUGGCCCAGAGGUCCAUACUCGUCUGCCGGAUGGGACAGUUGUCCAUCGACAGGCGACGGAGCAGGAUGUGGAGGAGGAGAGCGCCAUGGAUCGUCUGGGACGUCUCACUGGAGAGUAG